AUGAUUAAAUUUACAAAUGGAUACUCUGAUUUUUGUAUUCCUUACAAUGAGAAGGAAGAUUGCUUAAAAGAAAUAUUAAAUGAACUCAUAGAUGUUGGUUUUCGGAAUGUUGCAAUUGAACAAACUCACAUUCAUCAAACGAUUGGUUCCAAAUCCGAUCCUAUUCCUGAACCAGUUAAAUUAGAUUCAUUGCGUGCUGAAACAAAUGGAAAAUUAAACCUUUACAAUAGACUGACUGUCGUCUACUCAGAUCCUUCAGUAACGCAUGUUUUAAGCCGGUCUCAGAAUUUUAAAAAAUAUCAAAUUGUAGCUGCUCUUCCUACUUCAGAGUCAGCACUUCAACAUGCUUGUCAAACAUUUCAAGGCGACAUUGUCACUUACAACACCGACACGAUUAAAAUUCGAUUGAAUAGAAAAUUUUAUUAUCUUGCAAUUCGACGCAACAUGUUCUUCGAACUUAAAUAUUCACCGGUGAUUGUGGAUGCGAGUGAACGACGUGCGACAAUCUCUCGUGCUCAACAAUACCAUAUGGUUGGUAAAUCAAAAGGAAUUCUUAUUUCUAGUGAAGCUGCUGAUCGAUUUAAUAUUCGAAGUCCAUACGAUAUUUCAAGUCUUGGAAUAAUCUUCGGUUUAAGUGAGGAACAAGCCAAAUGUUCUAUCUCAACAACAGCAAGAAAAGUUUUUGUUGCUGCUGAAUGUCGUAGGUUAGGAAGAACUCCUGUUUUAAUGGAAUAUGCAGAUGUCAAUACUUCUACAUCAGAAGAAGAAAAUGAAAGUGAUGAUGAAUCGUCUUCACAGGAAUCAAGAAAACGCAAGAAUGACUCAAUUGGCGAGAUUGAGAGGAAAAAAAUAAAAUCAUAG